GUAUGUGGCCUGUUUGGCAAAUGCUGCUGUACAUGACAGCGUGAACUUCACAACACACUCAUUCGACCGGCUGCUCCUCGACUUGAUCAGCUAAACCUUGCUGGCAGCACGAGAGCAGUAUUAUAACUACGGCUUUUUUGAGAAAUACUGCGAUCUGGAAUACGAUGCCUAGCAUUUAAAGUUUUGAAGAGCUUUGACGGAAUUACAGAGCACAAUGGGAAAUACUGUGAAAACGCUGAGAGCCUCCGAAGAAACAAAUGUGCCGAGCCAAAUGGGUCAGGAGAGUGAUUUCCUUGCUGUUCUCUAUGACUAUCCUUCAGCAGACAUAAGCCAACCUAUAUUUCACAUGGGGGAAAAACUACGUGUGCUGUCAGAUGAAGGAGGCUGGUGGAGAGUCCAUUCCCUUACAACAGGUCGAGAAAACUAUAUUCCAGGAAAAUAUGUAGCAAAGGUUUACCACGGCUGGUUAUUUGAAGGGCUGGGAAGAGAAAAAGCAGAGGAACUUCUACAGCUACCCAACACCAAGGUCGGCUCCUUCAUGAUCAGAGAGAGUGAAACUAGGAAAGGUUUAUAUUCCUUGUCAGUGCGGCACAGGCAAGUGAAGCAUUACAGGAUCUUCCGCCUUCCAAAUAACUGGUAUUACAUCUCUCCACGGCAAACCUUUCAGUGCCUUGAAGACCUUGUGAAUCACUACUCAGAAGUUGCUGAUGGUCUCUGCUGUGUCCUUACAACACCUUGUCUUACCCAGUGCACUAACAACAGCAGCGUAACGAAUCAAGUUCCUCCUGUGGUGAUGCGGAAUAAAAACUUCAACUGGAGAAAUAUUCACAGGCUGGAGGUGACCGAAGAUACUGAAAGCACCCUGGCAGCAAUGGAUGACUCUUGUCUCAGCUACGGCCUGAGGGAAAGCAUCGCUUCCUACCUCUCCUUAACAGGGGAUGACAACGCUUCUUUUGCAAGUGCCAGAAAGAAGAAAGCCCAAUCUCUUAUAUACACAGGGAGUAAACGUAAGAGUACCCUUCACUUGCCACCUACAUACUAUGAGGAUUAAAUAUAAGACAACCAGGAAGGAAAAAAGAAAAAAAAAAGACAAUGAGGGGUUAGAAGAGAAACCCAGAGCGUUCUGUGGUCCUCCAGUCCUUCGACAGCUGAGAGAUACAUGCUGAUGAUCAAACGCUGGCAAUGCUUCUGCAUUUUCUCUUCUGAAUGUCAACCAGAGACCUUCUUAAGGGUGCCAUCUCAGCCAUGGCAUACACUGGGUAUGUCCCCAGUGCACCUGAAAUUAGAACCUGCUCACAAGCAGGAUAAACUGAGAUAGACGCUAAGUCAAGAGACAAGUGAGGCAGAGGACUCUUCAGCAAGGGUGAUGCCCACCAUUGUACAAAGGUGAUUGCAUAGGGAAGGACUAACUACAGCUCAAGAACUUAAAUUAAGUCUUACUCUGGUAUUCUCCACAAGGCUGAAAAUCAUCUUUUCAGAACCUACCUACAUUGAGAAAAGGAGCCUUUUUCUUCUCCAUAUAGAAUCAUUCAUUGUCAUUGACAAUGGGUCAGAAAGUCAUCAAUAAUCCUAAGGAAGUGUCCAGCAUCCAUCAUCCAAGAAACACCUGUUUAUAUUGACUUCAUACUUCUGUCAUUUUUACUUUUUAGGGGAAAAAAAUAGAAUCAUUGACUUUCCAAGUGGCAUUUAAUACAACUGCUGGUAAUGGCCUGCAGCAGCACAAAGUGGUCGCAAAAUUAAGAACAGGCUUAACUCACUGAGAAAAGUAAUUCCUGCUUAGCCCUCAGCUUCUCAUAGUAUGGCAAAUAUACAACAGAAAAUAAAGGGGGUUUUAAGUGAAAAGUAAAAUAUGGUAAUACCAUGCCUAACUGCAAAGGUAGGUUUGCAAAGGUGUGACCUUUUAUGUAUAGAGGACCAGAUUUUAACCUCAUCUCCUGAAGGCAUCCCAAUAUUUAUGUAUAGUAUUUAUAUUAAUAGCAGCUUUUUUUAAUAAUUAAACUCAGAGAGCAAAUCAGCAACAAUGGCUGUUAAAGAGUUUGCUGAAUUUCCUGUUUGAAGAGAGUUAUGUCGAAUAGUAAUGACACAUUUCAUCAAACCGCUUAAAGAUUUGUAACUGGAUUAUCUGAAAUUUUUCAAAUUAGAGAUUUUUUCGUUAUAUAUGCACCCUUUGCUAAGUGAUAAAGGAGCAGCUGGCAUGGUCCUUUGAACGUGACUCGUGACUGCUUUCUAAAUCAAGUAGUCACUCACAUCUGGGGGUGUAAAAUGCUGCAAUCUAUGUUCUUGAGGUGGAAUCUUUUCAAUCUAAUAUUCUGUCAUACCUUUUUGCACAGAUCUGAGUAAUAAAGGUUUGGAGAGAGGGAACUGGAGAUGUAUAUGUACUUUUUUUUUUUUUCUCUGUAAAUACCUCUUAGCACAAAUCUGUGUGGUCCUUAGAUCCUUUGAGAUAUCGAUAUCUCUAGAUCUUAGGUCAUUUGCACUAGCAAGAGAUGUUCAGAGAUGAAAAUAGUUCACAGCCUAUUUAAACAUAUUUCAGAACUUAAAGGAUGAAUGUAAUUUGGCUGGUAAACAUUGAACACCAUAAAGCAAAAUGAACUCAGGAACUCUAGGCAUUUGUAUAAUCUUAUUGCUGUUACUGAUCAUUAAUAUGUUAUGGUUAUUGCAUUUUAUCCAGUAAAAUGUGUAUGGGGAGCAUUACAGAUUUCUUAGUCAUGACUUGUAUUUAUUCAUUAAAAUAAU